UGCCGACAUACAAGAGGCCUUGCGACGCAUGGAGGAGGAUGGGGGUGACCACCUUGCCUACGCAGCUGGUGUUGCAGGAACUGCAAACUCUAGAACGGGAACUACUUCAUCUAACCGAGGAUGGAAUGGUGGCGGAGGAGGACAAGUUGUGCUGGAUCCUUCGACGAUUCUGAGUAAUAUGCCUGGAGUCCAGUUGCCGACAGGAGCAGCGCUGAUGCCGAACAACGGCGCACUGACGGCUUUUAAUAACCUCUACGGAACUGCUGCGGUCGUGCCGCAAAAUAUCUAUCAUCAUAUCGGUGGUGCGCCGAGGAUGAUGUACAGCAAUCACCUAUUCCCAGCACAACAUUUUGCGCAGCCUCCGACACCCAGUGCUAGCAGCACGGGACCUCUGCCUGGUGGUGGUACUACAGCUGCAGAGACGCCAGCCACGCUUCAUCAGCAACAGGUAGUUACUGGAUGCGCCGGAGUGGAUCCACGAGCAGUGGCAAACGCGCAAGCAGUAUCAGCGUCAUUGUUUCAGGAGCAGCCGCAAUUGCUACAUGCGAUGGCGCACGGAGCUUUCGGAAUGGGACCGACGACGCCUAGUCCAGGAGCUCCCUAUAAUCCUUACAUCGCGUCUGCUCAGCAAGAAGCUUUCCUAGCACAACAAGUGCAUGGCAACUUCAAUAAUCUUAGAGAACUACAACAACGUCAAAUGGCGUCCGGGGGUACGUCGACUGAAGGUGGUGCUGGACCGAUGGGAGGUCGUGAUCAACAAGCAACUGGAGCAGGAUCUGCAUCUGGUCUUACUAAUACUAUGAUAAUGACAGGGGAUCAUCCGACUUCAACAUUAUCAUCGUCGUCCACAAACCCGACUGAGGCUGCCCAGCAUUCGAAUCGCGUAUCAACAGGCGCUACUAUGCCAGAGUCGGCGUCUGCGACCCAGCCUGCCAUAGAGGCCGCUCGUCAUUCUGACAUUCGCCUUAGUGCCGUGGAAGAUCAAGUAGGAGGACACCACGGGAACACCACUGGCGGCGUAGACGAACCAGAAGACAUGGAGACGAUUCAAGUCUGGAAAGUCAAUGGCGAACCUGUUGAAGUUUCAGUGCCGAAAAAACAGCUGCAGACUUUCACAGUAUCUCUUUUGCUUUGCUUCUUUACCUUAGAUUUUUCUUCACUUAAUCAAUAGAUGAAGGAACUACAGCAUAUGAAAAGAGAUAAAGAUACUCGUUCUAGAAUUAGAAAAACAGGACGAUAUUUCUGUUUGCUAUCCAAUUCUCAGUUACGUAAAUUGAAUCCUAAGCGGCCAAUGCUACUCCUCCGCAAAACCUUAGGUCGGUCUUCUGCGUCCACUAGUUGCGCAGGAAAUAGGUGCCCCUGCGAGUGUCGUGAAUUUGCUAGAUGCGGACACAGAUGCAAUGUUGCUGGACACGGAUUUCGUACUACCGGGAGGAGGCGAUUCGGAUGCUGAUAAUCUUCGAGGACGUCGAGAUGACAAAGAUAACGCAUCGAGCCCCAACACAUCAUCUCCGUCACCCGAGAGUAGCCCAAACAAUCCUGCUAGUGGUAGUGGCAAUGGAGCACAAUCUGGUCCAACAAAGGUUUCAGACCAGAACAUAAACGGCAAAGAUUCUAGAGGAGCGUUGCUUAAACAGCGGAGUACGAGCAGCGCGAGUGGCACCAGCAACAACAAUUUACAGUUCGGAACAGGCGGAGAAACAUCAGCAGCUGAAGGGCAACGGCGGCAUUUGCUGGCAAUCGUCCAGAACAAAGCCUUUCCUGGCUGUGGGAGUCUCGCAGAUGCUCUACACCAAAGGGGGAACGAAGCCGCAGUGGUCAUAUACCAGAUGCCGAAGGAGGAACUGAACUACAUCGAGUCCGAUACAGGCGACACGUUUCUCCACCGAUACGCGCGGGAAGAACGAGUGCCAGUGGUGGACUCAUUGGUGAAUUCUGCGCCGAGGUUUGCUCAGAUCAACCACGUGAACAAAAACGGAGAGACCGCAUUACACAUCGCUUGCUAUGUUGGCAAUGCGCACAUCGUCGAAAAAAUACUAUCAUGUCCGUGGUUUCUUUUAUGAGUGGGAGCACAUAAGUAACUGCUUCUUAUUGUUGUAACCCUAUUCAUUGCUAUUCUUCCUAUCGUCAAUCUACCUGUGAGAAGAAGAAUGAGCGGUUGUAAUAUGUAAGAGGAUUUUGGCACAACAACUCUUUAGUACAACCCCUGUCUGGAAUCCCUUGAAAUUAUGUUUUCUUCAAUGUAGGAGUAGUACUACAGCUACAAAAUAAUGAACAAGAAGAAGAACAAAAAUUGUCAACGUCUUUGAUUUAGUGUCACGCAAGAGCCAGCCUUUCCCACCUUCAUUUCCGAACUUUUCGCAGAAGGACUUGGUCGACAACACUGCGUUUCACUAUGGCAUGUUUCAAGCGCAGGAGGCAAUCAAGAAGCUGUUUGCGCCAUUGCUUUUACGAUACACGGCCGGGUUUUCUGCUAGGCGUUUGGCAAUGGCCAGGGAAUUUGUUCAGGCGGCUCAACAGCGCAAAAUCAACUCGCUGGAUAGUAUCCUAGUGAGCACCGCAGGCGCGAUUCUCUUGCAGCAUCAAGCGCGCAUGAUGGGCGUCGCCAUACCGGGAGUGCCUUCCACAGCAAUGCCUCCAGGAAGUGGUGCUCCCAUCAACAUGUUGGGAGGAGGACCUUCUGCGGUGGGUGGAAGUAACCACUACCCUUACUCUCCCGCAACCCGCAGCGCGUCCGCGCAAGCCCAGAGUGGAACAUCUGCGGGGGUUGCCUCCUCUACGACUAGUUUUCAAGAACAGCAGUUCUACUCAACGAGUUCUGCAAGCGGAGCCGCGGUAGAGAACGUCCUCUCAGGAGUAGAAUCUUCUUCGAUAAUGUCACCAGGAGUUGGAGGAGGAGAACAGAUGGGUCGAACAGCACGACAGCAGCAACUACAACAGGUCGUAGGAGUGUUUCCGCCAUCCGACACAGACCCACAACUUCUACAUGCAGGACCACCAGGUGAUCUUGCUCCACCACAUCCGCACCAGGCCUACAGUCCUUACAACGUGUUACCAGGGACAGCUCUUGCGAGUGCGCCAGCCUCGCCUGAUGCCUUCAACUCGUCUGGCUCCGAAGACGAGGAAACGCACUACCAGAAGCGAUUUCCGCCACUGUCGAAUCACGUUCUGUCUGACAGUGGUAACAUGGAAGAGGAGCAGCUACCCCACGCGCGAGAAGCAGCGCUCUUAGCCUUCAAUGCUGUAGUGAGAUAUAGCGCAUCCUUGCAGGACUUCUGUCAGGCGAAAAAAAUCGAGGAUCUAGACAUACACCUUGAGCAGCUCCUAAGGGGCGAGCUCGUCUGA